AUGAGUGAUUCAACAUGUCAAUUAAUGGAAGAUAUCGAAGGAUUAUGUAAACGUUGUUAUCAUCUUCAAAAAUCGAAUAAUGAUAUGUAUGAUUAUAUAAAAGAAGAUAGUCAAAUGCAAGAAUAUAUUUAUGAAAAUGAGAAAAUUAUUGAAAAAUAUCAUCAAAAAAUCCAUGAAAUUUUUCAAUUAAUAAAAGAACAUAGUGAGCAAGAAAUAGAACUAAAUUGGUCGCCUAUAGCAAGUGAUUAUAAAAAAAUGGAAGAAGAACAGAAAAGAUUAUGUAUUGAAAAAAAAACUAAGCUCAUGGAAAGCCAAAUUAUUAAUGAACAAAAUGGAACUGAUGAUAAAGGCGUUUAUUUAUAG